CGGCUUUUUACAUAAAACAGUUUGCAUUUUCAGUCUUAAGACAACCAUCGCACUGAAUGCAUACCCACGACGAAAACGGUAGACGUUCAUUUCAAUGAUAUUCAUUUAUUUUUAAUACAAUCGACCGUAGUGUUAAGUGGUAACGUUGUUUUCUACUGUGUGUAUAUCAUUCAUAAUUGUUUUUCAUAUAUUGUUGUUGUUGUUGUGUACCGUGCGUGUUUUGUGAUUCGAAUCAUACGACGAAAGAAAAGAAAAAUUCAAUAAAAAAGAAAGAAACAAACAGAAGGACAUUUAUCGAAUAAUAUAAAAAGCAUAAAAACAAAAAGCAACAAUUUUGGUUGAAAAACAAAAAGAACCGUUUUAAAUAUUUCAAAAGACAACAAUCAGCAACAUAAAUUACGAAUAAUCAACUGUACUAAAACGAAACAGGCAAAUAAUCCAUGUUACAUACAUUCACAAUUGACAUGCGCGCGCACAUACAUAGGCCAAACUAAGCCAGCAACUGUGACUCAAGCGAAUAAAAACAAAAUCUCAAAGAAAUACCACACGCUCGACGAAAUAACAAAAAAAAAAAAACAGAACUAAACUAAAUCGAAACGUACGCGAAAAAGAAAUCAUUAACAACAAAAAUUAUAUCAUAUUCAACAUAAAUCACAUUGAUGCCUCCAGUGGAGGUAAAAAUGUAAGAUUCGAAAAGUAAACAACACUAAACCACACGUAAAAAACAAUAAAACGAUACGAGAAAAAGUAAGAAAAACUACAAGCAGCACGAAACGACAAAACCAAGAGCAAUACGACUGAAGCAAAUUUCCUUAAUUUUUGGUGUUAGUUCUUAAUUGAAAUUUUUUUUACAUUUAUUAUAAGUCCAGCGUACAGUUUUAUUCUUAAAUAUUUAAAAAAAAAAAACAACAAAACAAGUCGAACAAUAAGAAAAGAAUAUUUUUAUUUCGUUUUUUGUACAAAAAAAAAGAGAGAGAAAAAUUAUCGGUAUAAUAAAAAAUUAACGUCAUCAUACUCACAAAUCAUUAAGGUGCCAAACACAAAACCGAAGUUAAAGAUACAUCACAUUUAAUUAUAUAAAAAAAGAAACAAACCGAAUCGAUUCACAUUUUCUUUUCUCCAUUUAAUAAUAAAACAAACUGACGAUAAAUAAAAAGUUACUCGCGAAAAAUAAAGUUAUCAAUUUGUGCCAGUUCAAACGGGAUAUAGACUAAAAUUUAUUGUAGAUAAAAGAAUCGAGAAAAGUGUUUUUUCGCGUUCCCCACAAUACAAAUAUUACCAAAAUAAAGCGAUAAAUUUGAUAAAAAGAAAGUUUGUUUUCCAAACAAUUUGAUAAUACGAGAAAGAAAAGAAGAAGCCCCAAACAAUUAAUAAAAAAAAACAACAACAAAAAUAGUGUAAAAAGAACCAGACUAUAAUAAAAAAAGCCACAGCAAAAAUGUCGGUGUUAUUUGCGGAAAUGGAUCCCACGAAUGGACCAAAUCCAUUGAGCGUUUGCGGUCAAAAAAAUCAAAAACCGCCACAAGCGACACAGCCACAACAACUGCCAUCACCAACUUCAUCAUCAUCAGCCGCAGCAUUGCAACUCGCCUUUGAAUUAUCGAUGCUGUCCUUAUCGUCGUGCAACAACAAUGUUGCCAAUGAAAUGAUUGUGAAUAUGGGAAACGAUCAUCAACAGCAACACAAAUCGUGCAGCAAUAACAAAUCACCCUCAUCAUCGCUCAGUCCCAAUGAUGUCGGCGGCAUGAAUGGAAUAAAUAGUGUUUUAUCAAAUAAUAUUGGAUUAAGUGCGUUCACAACGAUGUUACCAAAUUUGGAUGAUCGAUCGAAGAAAUCACAAAAUAUGACCGAAUGUGUGCCGGUGCCAAGUUCAGAGCAUGUCGCUGAAAUUGUCGGACGACAAGGCUGUAAAAUAAAAGCGUUGAGAGCAAAGACUAAUACAUAUAUCAAAACCCCGGUUCGUGGUGAAGAGCCAGUAUUUGUGGUGACCGGUCGAAAAGAGGAUGUAUCGAAAGCAAAACGUGAGAUUCUAUCGGCUGCCGAACAUUUCAGUUUGAUUCGUGCAUCGCGUAAACCAUCACUCAGUGGUGUUUCUGGUAAAGGAACGCCAGCCGGACCACCAGCCAAUGUUCCUGGUCAAAUAACAAUUCAAGUACGUGUUCCAUAUCGUGUUGUUGGUUUGGUUGUCGGACCAAAAGGUGCCACCAUCAAGCACAUUCAACAACAAACACAUACAUACAUUGUGACACCAUCACGAGAUAAAGAACCAGUGUUUGAAGUAACCGGAAUGCCAGACAAUGUACAAUCGGCUCGUCGUCAAAUUGAAGCGCACAUUGCAUUGCGCACGGGUAACGCUGCAUCGGCUCUAAAUGGUCUCAAUUCCGGUUUGUUGAACGAAUUAAGCAACAGUAACGGCGGUCUGAGUUCAUUAUUCAAUGGCGAAGACACACCCGAAAUUUUGGCAUCAUUGUGCAAAAAUGGUCUUGGCUCAUUGUUUGGCUACCUGGAUGGCAACAAUCAACAAGAAUUAUACAACAAUGUAAAUGCGUGUCAGAAUGUUAUGAACGGAAAGAAUGAUAUGGGUGUUGUUAAUGUGCUGCCAUCAUCGGCUGGAUCAUCAACAUGCUCAUCAAAUAGUUCAACAUCUUCACAAUCAUCGAAGAGUGCCAUUAUGACAUUGCCCGAGCUCAUUAACAUUUGGAAGCGCAACGAUGCAACACCAGUCGAUAUCGAUGAAGGUUUGGGCGAUUCACCACAGCCCAAUAUUUGGUCAAUGCCAACACCUGGACAAUCGUUUGGAUCAAGUUCAUCGCCAACAGCAUCAGUUAGUCCAACUGAUUCGCUUCUCGCCUCAUUCAAUUGCAAAAACAAUGGAAUGCAACCGAAUGCCAUCAAUAUCAAUACAUUGGUCGGUUUGAAUAAUAUGAAAGGUGUUGUGAAUUCAAUGAAUGGUAAUAUGAAUGGUGUCGGUACCAUUUUGUGUGGAUCAAAAAGUAUAACGGGAUCACAGCAGCGUGAAUGCAUGGUUUGUGGUGACAAAGAUGUUAGUGCUGCCUUAGUACCAUGCGGCCACAAUAUGUUCUGUUUGGAUUGUGCAAAUCGUAUUUGUGCCAGUGGCGAAUCAGCAUGUCCAAUUUGCAGUGAAACAGUUAUUCAAGCCAUUCGAAUCAUUGCUUAAAUAACAACUAAAACAAAAAAAAGCACACACACACUCACACAAUUCACGUGCCUGUUGAGGGCGCUUUUGAAGCACCACCAAAGGCCAAGACAAAUGAACGAAAACACUCAUUCACACACAAAAUCACAUACACACCAAUUUUUAAAAAACGCAUUAAAGAAGAAGAAAAAAAACCGAUUGAAUUUAGUAGUAAUUUAUAAUUAAAUCAAAACAAACAAAAAACAUGAAAUGGAAAAAUCUGACGAAAAUCACCGCAAACGACUUAUUGUAAUUUGAAUAUGUUUAUUUGGUAAUAUAUCGAUAAUGAUGAUGACGCUCCGGCCCAUCAACCAACACUCAGCAUAUUAAUAUAAAUAUAUAUAUUAAAAUAUAUAUUACAUACUAUAUAUGUACGAUUCAACGAUAUUAUAAAAGAAAACAAAAUCAAUUUUCGUUUGAUUAUAAGCAUUUGAUGGAAACAACAACAAAAAAAAACCAGACAAUUUUACGCGAAAAUUUACCUAAAACUUAAGAGACAUCACAUUGUCAGCUUGCUGCAUUAUAAUACUCAUUCAAAUGAGUCAUACUGCAUUUAUUCGAUACAAAUUUAAAUACGUUUAUAACCAAAAUUUUUAAAUUUUAAGAAAAAAAAUAUUAUUCUGACGAACAUAAAUCACACACACACACAAACAAUCGCUCUCGAUAAAUACAAAACCGAAACAUAAAAACACAACCCUAUGGACAAGAAACCAUACAAUUUUUGAACUAAAAAUUAUAGCUUAUAAAGUAACAAAUAAAUAAUUUAUAUUUGAUUAUUAUUAUUAUAUUUUAGAGAUGAAUAAUAUCUAAAGAACUUAAACAAAACCCUAGCGAUAACAGCGCAUUAAUAGAAAUAGAUUGAGUUAAGAUGGUAAAACUGCGCCACUUAAAUUGUUGCCGAACCAUCUUAACUCCCAAGCAUAACAAAAAAAUAUGAGAUUUUAAUAGGCAAAAAUAAAUAAAUGUGACGACGAAAAGCGAGUUAUUUUAAAUUUGGUUCCUUACACAUCACAAUUUAUGGCGGAAAUCAAACCUAGAUUAUGAAUUCGCUUCAAAGCCAUAUUCAAAUCAAGCAAGCAUUAGAAAAGACAUUUUUUU